UAGAAAGUAAGGUUUCGAGCAUGGAGAGAACCAUCCAAAACCUGUUUUUCCUCUCUCUCCUCAUUCUUAUGCUCCAAGUCGAUCAAUUCAGUCUUGCUGUUGUGAGGAGGACUAGCGAGGCAAGCGAACCACUUGCGGCAUCAGCACCAGAAGGAAUAGAUUGCGGGUCGGCAUGCGAGUACAGGUGCAGCAAGGCGUCGAGGCAUAAGAUGUGUAUUCGGGCUUGCGGUACCUGCUGUGCGAGGUGCCACUGCGUGCCCCCAGGGACCUCAGGCAAUGAGGAUGUAUGCCCCUGCUAUGCCAACAUGACCACCCAUGGAGGAAGGCACAAGUGCCCUUAAAUUUUACUGCACACAUUACUCACAUAUUACUACUGUUACUCAUGAAAUCAAUCUAAAAUCUUUAGUAUUAAGCACCAAGCACCCAUGUCUAUAUAUUUGUUUAUGAGACUUGGAAAAAUAUGAAUGUAGUGAUUGUGGAAAAUUUUAAAUAAAGACCUGUGAUACUAAGGCUGGAAGGCCUGCACCAGUCCUACCAUUAUUGUAAAGUA